GGAGGAUUUCAGGUCCGAAAGAAACCCUGUUGCUGCUGCAAGGAAAAGUUCCAUAGUUCCUCAGCGUACAGCCAUGGACAGGCCAGAAAUGAGGCAAGCAAGUGACGUGGAAGACGUGGAGCGCCGACUUAGUGAUGCAAAUGCGGGACCCAUCAGCAUACCUUAUGCAGUUAUAAAAUCUAUUACCAAAAAUUUUGCUGAAGUGAUUGGUAAUGGUGCCUUUGGUGUGGUUUACCUGGGCAUGCUAAAACACGGAGGUCUUCAAAAUGGGAUGGUUGCUGUGAAGAAGGUUACCACAUGGAACGAUUUUUCUGAUAAGCUAUUUUUGGAUGAAGUCAACUGUCUGAAGAGGGUAAAGCACAAAAAUAUUGUAAAAUUUUUAGGCUAUUGUGCAGAUACACAAGGGGAAGUGAUGGAAGUAGACAGAAAAAAUACAGUUAUUGCUGAGAAGAAACACAGGUUCCUUUGCUUUGAGUAUGUACCGAAUGGAGACCUUCACCAUUACCUUAAAGAAAAGUUCUAUGGAUUUCAAUGGAGCAUGCGUUAUCGAAUAAUAAAGGGAGUUUGUGAGGCGCUGGACUAUCUUCAGGAAGCACACAUAUAUCAUUUGGAUCUCAAACCUGCAAAUGUGCUUCUGGGUGCUGACAUGGAGCCAAAAAUUACAGAUUUUGGUUUGUCAAGGUGCAAUGACGAAAAAAAAUCCACAAUAUUGACUACGGAUGUUAAAGGAACUAGGGGAUACAUUGCACCAGAAAUGAUAGACAACAAACAAAUAUCAUGCAAGUCAGAUAUAUACAGUUUGGGUAUUAUCAUGAUAAGACUACUAACGGGGAAUAAUGGGGCUAUUGUUGAAAAUUGGCACGAAUCAUUAGAUAGAGGCUGUAAACUAAUGGACAGAUGCAUUGAAAUAGCACAAAUUUGUGUUCACCAUGACCCAAGUAAAAGACCUACUGCGUGUGACAUAAUCGUUAUGCUUAACCGGACAGAAGCCAUGACUCAAAAGGUUCCUUCGUUUUUUAAUAGGCUAAGAACUGAUCCACCGUUUUCAUUACGGCAGAUGGUGCAAAGAUUCAAGAAAACGUUCUCACAAACUCUUUGCGAGCAUUGCAGAAUGGUCGACAUAUCUGAUGAUCUUAAUAUACUGGAGCGUAUACUUGAGGGAAGCCAGAAGCCGAGUAAGAUAUCAUAUCCACUUCUGCAGUUCAUCACCAGAAAUUUCUCUGAUGAACGAAAAAUUGGUCACAAUGAACUUGGAGAUUUUUUCAAGGGAAUCCUGCGGAUCGUUGCUGUGACAAGGCUUUCUAGGAGCCUCAGUAUUAGCGAUAAGAUCUUUCAUCAGGAGGUUAAACUCAUGACGAUGGCUCAGCAUGGAAAUAUAAUACGGUUGCUAGGCAACUGUUCGUAUGCAGAAGAAAAUGUAGGACAAGAUGGAGAAAUUACCAUCGAUGAGAGGGAAAGAUUGCUCUGUUUUGAGUAUUUAAGCAAAGGAAGCCUUAAGAAGCAUCUUUCUGAUGAAUUAAGGGGACUUCAGUGGCAUACACGAUAUCAGAUAAUCAGGGGAAUCUGUGAGGGUUUACGUUAUCUUCACAAGGAAAGGGCAAUUGUUCACAUGUAUCUCAGGCCCGCAUGUAUAAUACUGGAUGAUUUUAUGGUUCCAAAGAUCACAGAGUUUGGUAUAUCAGAACUUGUAAUGACAAGCACUAACCAUCAUCAACAGCGAGAAUAUUUGGCUCCGGAGAGCAUAUCGAACGGCAGUGUGUCAUUUAAAGCGGACAUUUAUAGUUUGGGUAUCAUAAUCAGAGAGUUGGUGACCGGAAGUAAGGAGACACCCUGUCUUAUUAAAGUACUCCGGAGAUGGAAACACAGGUGGGGCAAAUCAGGUCCAUUGUGGUGCCUACAAAUAAAGAAAUGCCUGGAAUUGGCGCAAAGUUGCAUGCAAAAAGACCCAAACAAAAGACCUCCUAUAUCCCACAUAGUCGGUGAACUCAACGAAUUGGAUACUAACGCCAAUGUUUCUACACUUGAUCAGAUAAAUUCUUGCUUGGAGGACAUGCUUGAGAUUGAGCCACUUGAGCUUCAUUUCCGGUUUGAGCAUAAUAAGGCGAUAACACGCUCGGUUGAGCUGAUCAAUGAUACAGACGAUGCCUUCGCCUUCAGAAUCACAGCCUCGAGCUCACUCCCGUACUACACAAAGCCAAGCAAAAGUAUCGUUGGACCGCGAUCCAGGUGCAGUGUCACCGUAGCAUUGGAAGCACUUGAGAUGGCACCGGAGCAAUGCAAGUAUGGUGCAUCACGGUUCUAUGUGCAGAGCACCAGAGUGGUUGAGAGUCUUACAGCUGAGGAUAUAACUGAAGACAUGUUCGACGAAGAGACUGAUGGUAAAGUGGUCGAUAAGGUGGAUUUGAUUGUUUUCCUUGAGUGAUUGCAUUCACUCCCUACUCUGUUGGACGAUGUAAGACCACUAGUCAAUGUAAGAGUGCAAGUGUCUAGCACGAAGCAAAAGGGCCUACGCAAAUGAUUGGGACUUGCUCUUUGAAAUUCCAGUGUGCAUCUGAGUAAGAUACUUGAAUAUGCAUUACUGGGAUUUUUGUGAACUUGCCCGGAGUCACUUUGAUUUUCGCAAUUAUGGAAGUGCAUUUCAUGUUUCCCAGAA